GUUUAUGGUGUCGUGUUCAACCCUCCAAUAAUGAAUCGGGUUGAUGCUUCAGCGUUUCGGCAGGGUGGCGAGGUGCGUGACACCUUCUUUGGCCCCCGUGUGCCGCCCCUCGUCAAGGCCCUCUUUGCACACGCAAACGUCAAAGCAGCCUCCGCUUGCUUCAAAGCGACACUGGCGGCCGUGCGGGAUCAGGAGACCCCACAUCUGGACGAACUUGCCGAAACGCUUGGCGCAACACAGGAUGAGGUGCAGAGGUUACUUGCAGGAGCACAUGCGCUGAUCUCGGCCGUCACACAGAUCCCGCCAACGAGGUUGAAACCGCGGUCACUGGAGGAGGACCUCGACUACCUCCAAGCACCGCCAGCGCUCAAGAAGCUGGUCAUGCGGCUGGCAUUCAAGGACAGACCUGAUCCUGCGGAGCACUCGUCGCUACCAUCCCUGGAUCAGCUCAAGUGGCGUGUGGACGUCGCCAUCUCCACCAGCUCGUUGAAGCGAGUGCUGCAGCCAAGUGUACUCAUGCAAAUGCGCCUCUCAGAUGGAACCCUGCGCACCUUCGAGGUGCCUGUUCACAAGUUCCACGAGCUUCGUUACAACACAGCGUUUGCACUGAAGGAGAUGAUUGAAGUUGCUGCCAAGCCGGCCGUGCAAGGGGCAGCCCCACCAGCACACUGAACAGUGUGCAUGUGUGUCUGUCUGUGCAUGUGUGCAUGUGUGUGUCUGUGUGCGAAUGUGUGUGAAUGUGUUCGCUGUGUUCGCAUCAACCAUCCCAUCAAUCAAGCAAUCAAGCAAGCAAGUCGAGAGAAGAAGCAAGUCGAGAAGCAAGUCACUCAUAAACAAGGAGG